CGCGGGAUGACUACGUCAUUCAACACGCGACGGCGAGCAGGCUUCUCCAUGCUGUUUAUCUAGAGUCCAGCGUGUGUGUUUUUGACUCGAUCUUGCUGCGAUUCUCGUCUUUAGUCAUGGAGAAAAAAGGCCCAAAUCCUGUUGGGAAAAAACCGAAACCCCAAAAGAUGAAAGCGAGCGUCGACCCCGUCAGAAACUUCGAGAAAUGGAAGAAAAAGUACAACCGGACCAAAGCACGAGUGAAGCAAGAGAGGGCGCAGAAGAAGAAGCCCGAGUGGCAGGUAGAACGAGAGUACAUCGAUAAGCUGGUGAGCAGGUAUGGAGAAAUCAACCUCAAGGAGGUUGUCAAGUUCUCCGACUUCCCCAUUUCUAAGAAGACCUUGCUGGGCCUGCAGGAGGCUCAGUAUCGGCAGCCUACGGAGAUCCAGCGGCAGACCAUCGGCUUCGCUCUGCAGGGGAAAGAUGUUCUCGGUGCGGCUAAAACUGGCUCCGGUAAGACUUUAGCCUUUCUCAUACCGGUCCUGGAGUGUCUCUACCGCCAGCAAUGGAGCUCCAUGGACGGCCUCGGUGCUCUCAUCAUCUCUCCCACCCGAGAGCUCGCCUACCAGACCUUUGAAGUCCUGCGCAAGGUGGGCAGGAACCACGAGUUUUCUGCAGGGCUCAUCAUCGGCGGAAAAGACCUGAAAAGCGAGUGUGAGAGGAUUCACCGUACCAACAUUGUCAUCUGCACCCCGGGCCGACUCCUCCAGCACAUGGAUGAAACGGCCACCUUCCACGCGUCCGACCUCCACAUGCUGGUCCUGGAUGAGGCAGACCGCAUUCUGGACAUGGGCUUUGCAGAUACGCUCAAUGCCAUCGUGGAGAAUCUCCCCAAGUCCCGACAGACUCUGCUGUUUUCUGCCACGCAAACCAAAUCAGUCAAAGACCUGGGCCGGCUCAGUCUCAAAGAUCCGGAGUAUGUGUGGGUGCACGAAAAAGCCAAGUUCAGCACGCCAGCCACGCUGGAGCAGAACUACAUCGUGUGUGAGCUCCACCAGAAGGUCAACAUGCUCUACUCAUUCAUUAGGAGCCACCUAAAGAAGAAGAUCAUAGUCUUCUUCGCCUGCUGCAAGGAGGUGCAGUACCUGUUCCGAGCUUUCUGCCGUCUCCGGCCAGGCAUGCCCAUCCUGGCGCUGCAUGGAAAACAGCAGCAAAUGAAGAGGGUGGAGGUGUACAACGACUUCCUCAAGAAGCAAAACGCUGUGCUUUUUGCCACCGACAUAGCUGCCAGAGGCCUGGACUUCCCUGCCAUCCACUGGGUGCUGCAGUUUGACUGUCCAGAGGACGCCGACACAUACAUCCACAGGGUGGGCCGGACGGCCAGGUACAAGGAGGGUGGAGAGGCCCUGCUGCUGCUGCUGCCAUCGGAGGAGAAAGGCAUGGUGAAGCAGCUGGAGGAGAAGAAAGUUCCCAUCAACAAGAUACAAGUGAACCCAGACAAACUGCAGAACGUGCAGCAGAAGCUGGAGGCCUUCCUCGCUCAGGAGAAGGAGCAGAAGGAGCGAGCCCAGAGGUGUUUUGUUUCCUACCUGCGCUCGGUGUACCUCAUGAAGAACAAAGAGGUGUUUGAUGCCUUUAAGAUCAAGCUUCACGAGUACGCUUUGUCCCUCGGCCUCGCUGUGGCCCCAAGGGUUCGGUUCCUAAGUAAAGCUCAGGCACAGAAAGUAGAGAAAGAAGUGCAGGAGGAGGAGUCUGAGGAAGAAGAAGAGCUGAGGAGAUUUAAGGCCCAGCUGAAAGGCGAGGUUUCUCGUGAGGAACAGCAAAACUCAGAGUCAGACGAGUCCAGUGAGGAUGAGGACGGUGGUGAUGAAGGAGGUUUGGAUAUGUCCAAGACAUUAACCCUGAGUGCAGGUGACGGUGAUGAUGAUGAUGAUGAUGAUGAUCUACGAGACUUGGACCUGUUGACAGUCAAACGAAAGGAUGUCUUUAAUCUGACGGAGGAUCAGCAGAGUCCAGAGGAUCCUGAAAAUGACCCAGAAAAGAAAACUGAGAAAGAGACAAAGUACAAAGAAGCUAAAAAGAUCCUCAAGAGAAAGUUUCAGGUAAACACCAAAGUGACUUUCAAUGAAGAAGGUGAAGCUGUGCAGCUUUGGCCACCAGUCCAGCAAGCAGUGACUGCUGAGGAUGAGGGGGAGGAAGAAGAGGAGGACGUUUCGGGAAUCAAUGUGGAAAAGGCUCGGGAGAGGCUGAAGCGGGAAGAUCAAGAGUUUGAUAAGCAGGAGUACAGCCGCAAGGUGAAAGCCAAACACCGAGAGAAGCGGCUGAAGGAGAGGGCUGCCAGGAAGGAGGCAAGCAAGCGGGACCAGGACGAGGAGGACGAGGUCGUGGCCUACCUGGCCAAUGACAGCGAAGACGAGUUUGACCCCAGUGCCCUGCCAGAUCCCGACAAAGUGCACUCGUCGUCUUCUUCGUCGUCAGAGGAUGAGGAGGAUGAGAUGGAAAUGGGGUCGUCUAAACGGCAGCACAGCAGUGAAGAGGAAGAGGAGGAGGACAGCGAAGAGGAGGAUGAGAAGCAUACAGCAGGAAAGAGGAGGAAAGUGAGCGAUGAAGAUGAUGAGCACACAGCUCUGGACACUGGUCUCUCUUUGGCAGAGGAUGAGGAGUUAGUCUUACAGUUGCUGGGUGGGCGAAGGUAGAGGUGACCCAAAGAGAACAGAACGGUUCCGUCAGUUCUGAUGAGGAGUACUCAAGCUGUUGCAGCAGCUUCAAUCUGACCAGUGUUUUACUCUGCAGUGCAAACGUGCAGGUGACUGUUCAGUCCACAGCCUCCGAAUCAGAAACUGACAUCAAACGUUAUCAGGACUGAUCCCAUUGGGUGUGAAAGAAACACUGCUAAAUGUUGCCCCGUCCCGAUUGGCUUACACAAGAACAGAGUCAUAGCAAAGAGACGAGCCAAACAUGCUCCUAGAGUGAAGCAGCAGUCAGUCAUGUUAGAGCACAUUAGCAAAAAAUAAAAGCUCACUUUGAGGCAGAAGUUGUGACCCAGCUGUUCAAAACAGAAGAAAGAUGGCGGUGUGCCGUUAAUGUGCAACUUUCCCUGUAAAACAGUCAAUUCCAGUUUGUAAUGCAGACUUUCAGACUUUAAACACGAGCUCGGGGUUGGUCAGUCUCAAUAAAGCUUGAGACAGCAACAUCACUGAAGGUCCUGCAGAGGGACAAUGAGUGCAUCUUUAUUUUACAUGUAUUAUGUUUAAACUGUUGUGGAUUUGAAAUCAGUUCUACUUUUCCCCAAGUGGCUAAAAUGGCCAUUAGGCUGCUGAGGUUAAGACUAGGUCGUUGUGUUAUUGCACUCAUAGUGGGAUAAAACCGUUUCUGGAAGGUAGUCGGUGACUUUUCAACUGAAAACCAAACAGGAAGUUGUUUUCUGAUGCCCACAUUAGUAUCUGAGGGGUGAUCAUUUUCAAUCACUGUCCACUGUUAAAUGUGAACAGGUUAGCUCCACGAUGCCAGAGCUGCUGAUGAGGACAAGCGGUGCCUGGUUGGCAUCCAUGGGGAGCUGUGUUUCUCCAAAAGGACUAAACAGCUUAGUUAAUGCACCGAUGUUUCCCUGUGGCUCCCUGGCUCACCCCUGGAAUCGUGGCCUCUUCUUCUUCUUCUUGAUCCAUGAAUAUAAUUUCAUGUCUGAGAGUCACAACUUUGACUUGUCUGAUUAUUGAGUUAUGCUAUUAAAAUAUUUGUAAUCACUGAAGUUUUCUUGUCAUUGGUUUGAACUUUAAGGGUAAAUUUCCAGGAAUUUCAAGUGAAUUCUAGUGGCCUGGAUGGAUCAGCCUGCUCUAAAGUCAGCUGAAGUGCUUCUCUCGGUGUGUGCCUGUUUUUCACAAACAUGUACUUCUGUGAAAAAUUAAGAAUGUCAGGAUUACAGUCAGAUUGAUUUACAUUGAGAUUUCCCACUUAUUUUGCUCCACAGAUGCGACGCUACACCCUGCAUGUCCAUCAGGUGGAGCUAAAGUGACCCAGUAGCUGCUCAUCUCAGUGAUCGGCAGCUCCUUGGUUAUGCACGUGUUUGGGCUGUUAUGUGUUGUGAAUGAGGCCGGGUGAUGCAGAGCAAGAACAAAAGAGACUUAAUUAGAAAAGUGCAAAUGUAGAUUUAAAACAAAUUAGCUUUGUUCCACUACAUUUCCCCGUACAAAGCAAUUCAUGCGAUAGACUCAAAAAUCCUUUCAGAUUCAAAUAUGAAGCAAUCGUCUUUUAUUUUAUUCUAUCAACGUGCAAUAAUUUGGUUUGACUGCUCUAAAAUAACAAAUGAAUUUCUACAUGUUUAAACACUUGACAAUGUAUUUAACUCAUAUGUACUCAUUAUGGAGAAUCAUACAUGUCAUAUUUAAUCGGAAUUAUUGAGUCUUUAAUGUUGCAGCUGGGGGUGAUUUUAAUUAUAUUUAUGAUGCUUAACCUAUAUUUUAACAGUUUGAGUGAUUAAUGUUGUACGCUAAACGAAACAGCACAAACUAUUGUUUAAGGAGCCUUUACUGAGUUUACAGAGUAAUAUUUAGGUGACAGUUUAUGCUGAAGGUGAAGAAACAGAGGAGGACGGGCCAGCCUGUGUUGGAAAUAAAACCUUAGAACUGUUAACAACUUAUAUUUAUUUAUCUUAUAAACCUAAAUGUUUUUAGUUUACUGUGAGUGGAUGUUAAUUUAGACAUUAGCAAUAUUCACCUAGUUGUCUUCUCGUUACCAUGUGUGAAAGUAAAAGGAGCUCCUGGAGCAAACUGAAGGGAAAGGUUAGGGAAGUAUAAUCAAGGUCUUGUUACCCCCAGUCUCGGGCCUUUCCAAACACACACCUGAGGACAAAAGGAAGCCAGCUGCUUUCAGAAGGGUUGGUAUGUGUUAAAGUUUCUGAACAAAUUUGUGGAUUAAUUUUAUUUCUUUGUUAACCUGAAACUAUCACCUUUGAAAAUGACAAUCCAUGUUCUCACCCAAUGACAUC